UUACGACAUUGAAAAAUCAAUCGUUGAACUCAUCCGAACCUGACUGAUCAUCAAAGUGUUCGAUAUCGUAUUUCCCCCCAUCAAGUAUGUCACAAACCAGGUGAGCAGACUUCUAUAAAUACGAAAAGUUGGAACAUCUCUACCAGCAUUUACGAAAAGAUUCUGCGAACGAUAAUAAUUAUUGUCCAAGAUGAAAUGCGUAAUUUUAUUGUGUGUUGUGAUAGCCUGUGCUUCCGUCAAUGCUAGACCGGAGAAUUCAAAGUACACCACCAAAUACGAUAACGUCGAUUUAGACGCCAUCAUCAAGAAUGACAGAUUGCUGAGGAACUAUGUCGACUGCCUUUUGGGGAAGAAGAAAUGUACCAAAGACGGAGAGGAACUCAAAGGUAUUCUUCCUGAUGCCCUGAAGAACAAGUGUGCCAAGUGCAGUGAUUUCCAGAAGGAGGGAGCCAAAAAAAUGGUACACCAUUUGAUCGAAGACCACAGAGCGUGGUGGGACGAACUUGAAGCAGUUUAUGAUCCUGAAGGUACUUACAGAAAGAACUAUGAAGCAGAUGCAAAGAAAGAAGGAAUAUCGCUCAAAUAAAGAAAAUACUAUUUAGUGGAGAGGCCAGAGAUCAAUAAUUAUUCAACAAGUCGUCACAUUUAAAAUUCAAUUCCUGAUUAUUUUUAUAAUAACAAAAAUAAUUACAGUGAUGAAACAUAACAAUGUCACGAAUAUUUGACUAGCGAAAAAAUACCUCAUCUUAUACCUGUUAUUGAUAUGUGACCACAAGGUCAGUGAUCUGUGAGUUGUAUCUCUUAUUGAAUAAAGGUAUGUAUUUAUUGAGUA